AUGGCCCAUGAGCUCUUGGCCUACACUAUGGGGACACCAGGACAGAUGAAAACCUGCCCUCAAGAAGCUUACGCCUCAGCAGAGCAGCAGCACUCAUGGCGAGGGAAUAAUGACAGUCCUCCCAGGACAAGGCAGUCUCCCCAAGAAGUCCCCAAAAGGUCUUUGAGCAGGGCCACCAGGGCUCAGAAGCAUGUGCUGUACAACCGCUGCCGCAGCGAGUACCGCAGCCUGGCCAAGGACGGCGAGCAGCUCCAGGCCCGGAUCCAGGAGCUCAAGAGGAGUGCGGACCAGAGCCUGGAGCCGGCGCGACGCGAGAGGCAGAGCAAGAUCGCGGCCCUGACCGACAAGGCCCAGAGCCACGAGGCCCAGGAGGAGCUGCUGGGCCAGGAGCUGGAGCGCUUCCAGCAGGCCAUCAAGAAGGACAAGGAGGAGCGCUCGAGGAUCAUGCAAGAAGAAGCCGACAUCAGGCAGGUCCUGGACGCCAAGAGGAGCCACCUGGAGCACCUGCGGGGCAGCCGCAGCAACCGGCUCAAGCAGUUCGGCGCGCAGGUCCCGGCCCUGCUCGAGGCCAUCGACGAGGCCUACAAGAAGGGGCAGUUCACGCGCAAGCCGGUGGGCCCGCUAGGGGCCUGCAUCCGCCUCCGGGACCCCGAGCUCGCCCUGGCCAUCGAGUGCUGCCUCAAAGGGCUCAUCUUCGCCUUCUGCUGCCACAACUACAAGGACGAGCACGUGCUGCAGGGGCUCAUGAAGAACUUCUACCCGCCGGCCACCUUCCGGCCUCAGAUCAUUGUCUCCGAGUUCCGGGACAAGGUGUACGACGUGACCCACAGGGCGGCCUAUCACCCCGACUUCCCCACCGUGCUCACAGCCUUAGACAUCGACAACGCCGUCGUGGCCAACAGCCUGAUCGACAUGAGGAGGAUCGAGACGGUGCUGCUGAUUAAAAGUAGCCCUUUGGCUCGGGCUGUGAUGCAGGCUCAGAAACCGCCCAAGAACUGCAAAGAAGCUUUCACAGCCGAGGGGGACCAAGUGUUCGAACGGCGCUAUUACUCCUCGGAGAGGACGAGGCCCCGCUACCUCACCGGAGAUGUCGAGAAGGAAAUCAGCCAUUUGGAGAAGGAAGUGGAGAACAAGAUGGCGCAGCUGGGCGCGCUGCAGCAGCACGUGCACUCCCUGGAGAGCGACCUGCAGAAGAAUCAGGAGUUGGUCAGCAGCCACCACCGGCACCUCAAAGAGCUCAAGAUUAAAAUCAAAAAAAUCCUUCUGGAAAUCAAAGAGCUUGAGAACGAAGAAGAAAACCAGUCGGUGGAUAUCUCAACCCUGGAGGAGGAAAACGAAGAAAUCGAGAAGCGGAUGAAGGAGGUGGAGGAGAAGAUGAGCGUCCAGAAGGAGGAAAUGGAGAAUCUGCGCAAAGAGCGUGCGGAGGCCGAGCAGACCUACGAAGACUUCAAGAUGAAGAUCCACCAGGUUUCGGAGCUGGCCGAGCCCGUGAAGGAGGAGCUCAAUGAGGCUGACGCCGAGGUGGACGCCCAGAAGCGCUCCCUGCGCCACUACGAGGACCGCCUCAGCCAGCACAUGGCCACCGUCCAGGUGAAGAAGGACGAGCUGGCCAGGACGGAGAGAGAGCUCAAGGAGAAGAUCGCCCUGGCCAAGAAGAUCUGCCCCGAGCGAAUGGAGGUGAAGAAGAGCCCCUCGGCUCUGGACAAAGAGAUCACCCGGCUCAGGCAGAAGAUCCAGACCGAGAGCGACAGCCACGGGGACAAGGACGAGAUCAUAAGGCAGUACAAGGAGGCCAAAGACACGUACCAGGACCUCGACAGCAAGGUGAAGAGCCUGAAGAAGUUCAUUAAGUUACUGGAGAAGAUCAUGGCCCAGAGAUACAGCACCUACCAGCAGUUCAGAAGGUGUCUCACCUUACGGUGCAAGCUGUACUUCGACAACCUGCUCUCGCAGCGGGCCUACUCCGGGAAGAUGCUCUUCGACCACAAGAAGGAGACUCUGGCCAUCACGGUCCAGCCUGGCGAGGGGAGCAAAGCUGCCUUCAGCGACAUGCGCUCCCUGUCCGGCGGGGAGCGCUCCUUCUCCACCGUCUGCUUCAUCCUGUCUCUGUGGUCCAUCGCCGAGUCGCCCUUCCGAUGCCUCGACGAGUUCGACGUCUACAUGGACAUGGUCAACCGGAGGAUCGCCAUGGACAUGAUCCUGAAGAUGGCCGACUCGCAGCACUACCGCCAGUUCAUCCUGCUCACGCCGCAGAACAUGAGCUCCCUCCCCCCGAGCAGACUGAUUCGAAUCCUGCGCAUGCCGGACCCCGAGAGAGGCCAGCGAACCCUGCCCUUCAGGCCGGUCAACCAGGAAGAGGAGGAGGACUGAGGGCCGCCUCCACGGCCGGCCGGGCUGCCGCCAACGUCCCUGUUGUCAGUGUUGUGUGUAAAGUGUCGUCUCAGAGAUGGUGUUUUGCUCAUUAAAAGCAUUUCAGGAAGAGAAGCGUUUUGUGUCGAGAGAAGCCGCUGCCCUUUGCCCUCCCACCCACGGGCGGCUCUCUCAGAAGAUUGGGGGGCCCUGCGAGCACCCCCUCUUCCUGCAGAGUUCCAGGAAAGGGCAGAGGCGGCCCCCUUCCGCAGGCGCCCCCACCAGGGCCGCUCUCGGAGCUCGUCCCAAGGCAGCCCAUUCCACAGGUGGGUUAGUCCAGGGUGGGCGGCCGCCCGGGGGCCCCUCUGGCACGGACGCCCUCAUCGCCCUUCUGGGGCCACCCGUGGUGCAUGCUCUGUGGUUCCGUGUCUCCUCCUCGCAGACCCCGUCGUUGUUUCUCCCCGUUUCCCCCUCUGGGGGCCCUCAGUACCGUUUCUCCCUUUUCUGUAAAGCCGUCUCGGUUCUGUGGUAGGUUUAAACGUGGCGAGCCCUCCCCAUCGUCGGGGGACUAAACCCUCGGCCAAACCGGUUUUGUGCCCACCUUCCCUUUGCCCUGCUCCCGCGCCCCCUCGAGCGAGCCUCCCCUCCGUCGUCCUCUCCACGAGACUCUGCCUGCUUCAUAGCUCUCGCGCGGGAAGGAAGACAUGUUGGAGGGGAAAAAACAACAAAUGUCUGUUAAUUGUGAGGAAUUCAUUUAAAAUAAAGUUCUUGAUAA